AUGUCAUUUUUUUCCUCUUCGACCGAGGGAAAUAUUGAAGAAAUCUCAUCGAGCGAUCACUCUUGCAAAAUUCCAACCCCCGAUAUUUUUGAAUUCACUUCUGAUUCAAACAGAGACGAACAUUUUCGAAGAUCGCCUAGUCGUACUGUUCUAUCGGAUUUACAUAGUGUGAAUCUUCAGAUAUCGACAAGUACGCCAGUUGCAACGAAUGUUGAAGAAGCCGACAAGGAAAUGCGUAAAUUUAGAUGUGUCCUUAAAGGUGUUAAAGCGUUUAUUGAUACUGAACGUAAAAGUGCUCAUGGGUACCGUCUGAAACUAAGAAAGUUGGGUGCUCUCGUAUACUGUAGAAUCACAAAAACUGUUACUCACGUUAUAUUUUGGAAUGGUAAACAAAGAACACUUGAUCUUGCGCAACAAAUGAAUCCUCGUCCAUUCAUUAUUUCUUACCAUUGGAUAUUAAAGCAAUGCAUGCUCGGUGUUUUUCAUAUAAUUUUCAGAUGCUUCGAACAACGCAAACAUGUCAGUGAAAACCCUUAUCUACUUUAUGGUUUAACUGAUUUAGCUGUACCUCUCGAAGAAAUGGCUUUGGGUCGCAUUGGUAUUAUGAAGAAGGAUUCGAAAGGGAUUUCAGCAAAAAAUAUUAAAAAAAGAAAAAAGUUUGGAACAAGAAAUCCAUUGAAAUCAAAUCUUACAGAACAUUUUCUUUUUUUUCUGCAAAUUUUUUCCAUUGGUGCAGAUAUUUUGAAUGAAAUACGUUUGGUAAAACGUCUAAAUUGCAAAUUUAUUGAGGUAAAACAAAAUGAAUUAUGCGUUAAUGAAAUUCCGCCGUGUUCUCAAAUUCUAUAUAGCAUGGAGAAACUCUCUGACCAACUUGCAUUAAGAAUUACAUCUCCAGAAAGUGAUCAAAUUGUUUCUCCAGAUCAGAUUAUUUCACCUAUCUUGGCUCGCUUCAAAAUGCGUUGUAUGGAAUUAUAUAAAUCAAGCGUCAGGUUUGCAAGAGAUUUUCCAAGGAAAAGUGUGGAUGCUGCCACAAAUACAACACCGGAACACGUAGAUCUCUUUGAAAGCAGCGCAGAUGACCGAUUUUCAAAUUUUUCAAACGAGAUACCUUCAGCAAAGAUUUCAACAUUCCUUAGGAAAUCUGCAAAGAAUUCGAAAUCCAUUCUCAAUUUAACGAGUAUGCGAACUCCAGUAGAUCAUUUAUCGACAAAUGAAAUAACAGCAACACUAAAUCAAAUGGUUUUAGAUCCUUCAGUUGUGCGUCAAACCAGCGGAAAGAAUGUGGCUGAUUUAUCAAGAUCUUCAGUGAGCGAAAAAAGGAAGAAAAGUGGACGACCGCCGAUCACAUCAGGUGAACUACUGGAAUUUGGUCCAGAUGAUUUUAAUAAGCACAUUUUAAGACGAGGAUCAACCAAAGUUAAACAAGCUAUUAGAAUGAAUGCUAAACAAGCUGUAGAUGUGUAUAGAAGUAUUUUUGAUAAAACUCAGUCAGAACCAGAAGUUGUACCGAAAGCGCGUCCAGUUACUGUACGAACAAAAUCGAAAAUUUUGAAUGAUUUGCAAAUUAUGCCUAGCUCGGAGGAAUUCGUUCGAUUCCGACAUAAAAAAGCUGCUCGGAAGAUUGGGAAUAUCGUUUUAUCAAAAUUAGAGAAAAUACUGGAAACAAGUAUGCUACUUGUUCCUUUGGCAGUUGGCGAUUUGGAUUCUGAGUGUUUUCUUGAUUCAUUUAAAAUAUUUUCAAAACCCCAUAUACCGACAUUAAGUGAAUAUGAAACCGUUGUUGCAAUAGUUAAACGUCUUGGCGUUUUGACGGUAAUGAAAGAAGUUGAUCAGCAAACUCGUUAUGUUGUUUGCGAUACUAUGGGCUCUAUAACCAAUAGCGUGCUGGAUGCUCUUGUGGCUUGCAUUCCUAUUGUUACAUCAGAAUGGGCUUAUCGGUCUCUUGAAAUGGGAGGCUGGUUAAAUGGUGUUGAAUAUCUUGUAUCAAAAUGGAAGAAAUCUUUCAAAAUUCGAAAAAAAGGCCAUCCACCUCGACUUUUUGCUAAGCUUGGAUGUUUCUUCAUUUCAGUACAUUGCGAUUUGGCAAUCUCAGAAUCUUUAAAUCGAGCGUCAAUUGUCAUAGCACCGAACUCUGACUGGCAUUUAUAUGCUAAUCGCCGUUUGUUAGAUGGCUCUUCACUUUCCGUUGUAUCAGAACGUUGGAUAUUUGUAUACGUAGGUGUAUGUGUGCAUAGUCGUCGUCAUCAUGAUGAUGGUGGUGAUGGUGAUUGUGAUGGUGGUGAUGAUGGUGAUGAUCGUCGUGGUCGUGGUCAUGGUCGUCGUCGUGGUCGUGUUCGUGGUGAUGGUGGUGGUGAUGGUCGUGGUCAUGGUCGUCGUCGUGUUCAUGGUCGUCGUCAUGGUCGUCGUCGUGUUCAUGGUCGUGGUCGUGGUCGUGAUCGUCAUCGGGAUCGACAGGGUCGUCCUCAUCUUCGUAAACAUCAGUUUCAUUUUCUUUAA